AUGGCAAUUGGAGAUGAAUACACUACCACAACCUCAACUACUGGUAAUUUCACGGCUGGAAUUACUACAUUUCCCACCAUCGAUCACAACCAUCCUUUGUACCUACAACCAACAGAUACACCAGGUAGUUCUUUGAUUUCUCUUCAACUUACUGGAUCAGACAAUUAUGCCUUGUGGAGUCGUGCAAUGAAAAUUGGCUUUCUAGGUAAAAGUAAACUAGGUUUUGUCGAUGGUAGAUUUCCUAAGUCUAAAUUUAAGCUUGAACUUCAUGAUCUAUGGGAGAAAGUUAAUGCUAUAGUUCUCUCAUGGAUAAUGAAUGUUGUGAGACCAGGGUUGUUGAGUAGUAUCUUUUAUGCAUCUAGUGCUCAUAAAGUUUGGGAGGAUUUGAAAGAGAGGUUUGAUAAAGUAAAUGGUUCGAGAAUACUGUAUUUGCACAUAGAAGUUCACACACUGACCCAAGGGACUAUGACUGUAAUUGACUACUUCUCAAGGCUUAGAGAGUUGUGGGAUGAGUUUGAUGCCCUCAUGCUUUGUCCUGGUUGUCCUUGUCCUGAAUCUAAACAGUAUGCUCAACACUUUGAGUAUCAAAGACUUCUUCAAUUUCUCGCUGGGUUGAAUGAGUCCUACUCUCAAUCAAAGAGUCAGAUCAUGAUGAUGCCCCCUCUCCCUAGUAUAAACAAAGUUUAUUCUUUGUUAGUAGAUCAGGAAAGUCAAAGAAACCUCACAAGCACAACACAAGUUGCUCGGGUUACUGAGGCUUUGAAGAGUACAGCCCUGUAUAGCAGUAAGAACGUGAAUAAUGCUGGAAAUUAUAAAUCCAAAAAUAGCCAAGCCAAAAGAAAAGGUGUUAGUCUUGGACAAUAUGCCUAUUAUGCAGGCAAUGUAGAAAUUACAUGUGCAGAGAGAUAUAAUAUGGCUACCAAUGUGACACCUACUGUCAAUCAACAAUCUAGAGAAAGUGGAUCAUCUAACUCAGGUACAACACAACAAAUGAGUCAACCUGCUCUUUUCCAGUAG